AUGCCCCCCGGUACAGCUCCCAAGCGCUCCUACUCUCGUACAGAUGCCGCUGUGCGGGUAGAGUAUCCAAAAGACCAUGAGCUUCCCGCAAGUCAUCCGGUAGAUGGACAGGGAGGCCAGUUCUCAAAGCCAACGUUAGCAUCGCUCUCUCUGGAGGAUAAGGUCAUUGUCAUUACUGGAGGAGCCAGAGGUCUUGGACUAGUCAUGGGCCAGGGUGUUGUUUACUCUGGCGCCUCCCUGGCAAUUGUCGACUUGAACAAAGAGGAUGCUCAGUCUCAGGUCGGGCAACUCAUUGAUGCAUUUAAGAAAGAGAAUCCCGGACGUGACAAGAUUCCCAAAGUCACUGCACACUAUGCCGAUGUAUCCGACCAAGCAUCAGUAGACAACUGCGUCGCCGAGAUCCUUCGUGAACACGAAAGAAUAGAUGGCCUGGUCACAUCCGCAGGCUUCACGGAAAAUUUCGAUGCUAUCCAUUACCCGAUUGAGCGCAUGCGCAAGCUUUGGGGCGUCAACGUGGAUGGUACCUACCUCUUUGCUGUAGCUGUUGCCAAACAUCUCAUGGAGCGUAAAUCCAAGGGCAGCAUUGUGUUCAUUGGCAGCAUGUCGGGUUCGAUUGUCAACGUCCCCCAACCACAAGCUCCCUACAACGCUGCAAAGGCAGCUGUUCGGCAUCUUGCAGCCUCUCUCGCUGUUGAGUGGGCACAUGCGAACAUUCGAGUCAACUGUAUCUCUCCCGGUUACAUGCUAACGGCUUUGACACAAAAAAUUCUGAAUGAUAACCCGGACCUGAAAAAGACAUGGGAAUCGCUCAUUCCACAGGGAAGAAUGGGCAACCCUGAAGAUCUCAUGGGUCCGGUCACUUUCCUGCUCUCUGAUGCGUCGUCAUAUGUAACAGGAUCGGAUCUUCGGGUGGAUGGGGGUUACACUGUUACAUAG